CACCUCGCCUCGGGCGCCUUCUUCUCCAAGCCGCCGGCGUCGUCGUCGUCGUCGUCGCAUCUGGGAGCUCCUACAAAUAGGAGAAACAGUCAGGGAGACCAAACCCUAAAACCCCGCAUCCACUGCCAUGGCGGCCGUGCAGCGACUCCUGCGGGCGUCCGCCUCCGGUGGCGCGGCGGCGGCGGCGGCGGCGGCGAGGAGGCGCAUGUCCACGGCGGUGGCGCCGGAGCAGACGCCUGCGGCCGCGGCGUUCCCGUUCGCGGCGGCGGCGGGGAGGGCGAGGCAGCGGGUGGCGGAGGAGAGGAACGUGCAGUGGGUGUUCCUCGGGUGCCCCGGCGUGGGCAAGGGGACUUAUGCCAGCCGCCUCUCCCGCCUCCUCGGCGUGCCCCACAUCGCCACCGGGGAUCUCGUCCGCGACGAGCUCGCUUCCUCCGGCCCCCUAUCUGUGCAGCUUGCUGAAAUUGUUAAUCAGGGGAAAUUAGUUUCUGAUGAAAUUAUCAUCAAUCUGUUAUCUAAACGUCUUAAGAAAGGAGAAGAGCAGGGGGAAUCGGGAUUUAUUCUGGAUGGUUUUCCACGUACUGUAAAACAAGCGGAAAUUCUUGAUGGAGUUACUGACAUUGAUAUGGUGGUCAAUCUAAAGUUGAGAGAGGAUGUCCUAGUUGAGAAGUGCCUUGGCAGACGUAUUUGUGGCCAAUGUGGAAAGAACUUCAAUUUGGCCUGCAUUGAUGUGAAGGGUGAAAAUGGGCUGCCACCAAUCUACAUGGCACCACUAUUGCCCCCAAAUAACUGUAUGUCAAAGCUUAUCACCAGAGCUGAUGAUACCGAAGAGGUCGUGAGAAAUCGUCUUCAGAUAUAUAAUGACAUGAGCCAACCUGUUGAGGGUUUCUACCGGCAACAGGGGAAGCUUUUAGAAUUUGAUUUGCCUGGAGGAAUCCCUGAGUCUUGGCCAAAGCUGCUCCAUGUUCUAAAUCUCGAGGACCAAGAAGAGAUGAAGCUGGCCACUGCGUAAGGCCAUGGGGCUGGCUUUACAUUGGGCCAAUGAAUUUACACACCGCAAUUUUGAAUAAUGGAAAAAAGAGCAAAAACUUAUUCCAUAAUGUGUGCGUUUGUAGAAUUAAAGUUUGACCAAAAGUGAUUCAUUUUCGCCGGUGUUUUGAUGAGCCGGUACACUGUAACUGUCAUGUUGAGAUGUUAAUCUUAAUUUCUUGUUUUGAUUUAGCCUGCUGAGAACAGGACUUCAUCAGGAUAUGAUGCGAGAGCUAUAUUCAUGAUAGAUACAUUGGUCAAUUAUGACUAUAUAGUAGUAAUGCAUUUUCACUGUACUGUUGUCUUUUACUA